AGCAGCAAUCCAAAUUACUUGAUUUGAACAAUGCAGAUCUAGGUGGAACAAAACCAGAACAUCAAAGCCAAAGAAUGCUGGAAAUUUCAGAAUGGAAGGAUGCUGAUGGUAAUAUGAGAAAAAACAAAUUCAAGCAAUCCAGUCUUUCUGUGCCUCUUCCAUUUGCAAAUGAUGCUUUGCCAACUUCGUCAGCAGACACAAAAGAUAUUCCAGAGAGUCCGGACAGUUCUGUAGAAGAACAUCUGUCUAGCCAACCGAAAUCACCAUUGAGACUAAUUGCCAGUGCAAUAAAGAGAUCCAUUCUAGAGCCUCUUGUGUCUCAUCCAGAAAGCAUAAAAAAGAGCCCAGACAGUAAACCCAACCCUACUUCAGAACACACCUUUUUCAAUUCCCCUAAUAUGUCUGGCUGCUCUGUACAUUUAAGGAACAGUAAUGGUAAUAGAGAACAUGACGUGCAGCCACAAGAAUCUAAUAGACUGGAAACUAGAAGCUCAGUCACAAACCCACCUAGUCUUUCCUGUAGUCUUGAAGAGAAAUUCUCAUGUGAUUUCACGAAGGUAUUGUUUCCGGUUUACAGUUUGCACACAGGUCCUUCCAAAGCUGCUGUUAAGCCUGAAAAUUCAUCUGGUGCAAAGACGGAGGAUGUACCCAGACUCCUAGAAAACUUUACUCUUAAAGAAACUCCACAGAGGGCUUCCACUGAUGACUUAUGUAUUUGUAACCCGAAGAACCUUCUUUUUUCAUCUCUAAGUCUCAAGAACAAAACUUCUGAGGACAUCCUUGGAAAUCAUGCACAAAUGAACGAUAUCUGUGCACUCUUUAGUAACUUGAGGAAUAAAGUCAAUGAAAGGGAAAAGAACGAUUCCUUAAUGUCAUCUAUGUCCUUCAUUAACAACCUUUCCCCAGAAAAAGUGCUAAAUAAUCCUUCCACCGAUGAGGACUCAGGCUCUGAACACCUCUCUGUCAAAAAACAAGUGACUGCGUGUUGUUCUUCCUCUGAUGGUGAAUUUGAACACAAGCCUUCAAUAGCACUCAAGGCAAAAAGAACCCUUAGAAGAAGGAGAAAACUAGAAAAGGAAACAAAGCAACUGGUUAAACAAGAGGAGCUGAAAAGACUUCAUAAAGCCCAGGCUAUACAGCGCCAACUGGAAGAAGUGGAGGAAAGACAGAGGGCCCUAGAGAUAAAUGGUGUUAAACUGGAGAGGGAACUGCGAGGAGAAUCAGAUGCAGGCACACAGGAUGAAACUCAGCUGUUACAUGAAUGGUUUGAGCUGGUCCUGGAGAAGAAUAAAUUAGUGCGUUAUGAGUCUGAGCUCUUGAUCAUAGCCCAAGAACUAGAACUGGAGGAUCACCAAAGAAGAUUGGAGCAGAAACUGAGAGAGAAAAUGGCCACUGAUGAUAGCCUAAAAGAUGAACGAGAAUUGAACGAGGAACAUGAAAUUUUUACUGAGAUGAUGAAAGUGAUUGAAGAAAGGGACAAACUUGUGUCUUCCUUAGAAGAGCAGAGACUUAAGGAAAAGGCAGAAGAUCAGCACUUUGAAAGCUUUAUAUUAUCUAAGGGUUAUCAGCUCACCAGGACUUAGCCACAUGCAAAUGUCUGGAACUUCAGCUAUAUUAACCAACAUGGAGACAGUCUUUUGGCAAAGGUCUGGCUGAAAUUGAAGGAAUCGUAUCAUUUUAGUAUUAAACACUUUUAAACAGGCUCUUUGCUUGCACAACAGUGUCUCUAGUUCCACAUAGAUAUUUACAGGAAGAAACAUCGCAAUCUCAUUGUCAGCCAAAAGGGCUAGUCAUCCUGUGAGAUGGAAAUGAACUGAAUUCACCUGUGUGAUGGACAGUGUGUGAAAAUUACACUGGAGCCGUCCACUGUUUUCCUUUUCCCUGUAAUUUUAAUUUAAUUCUGAGAACAGAGUUUCUAGAGAUGUAACUACGUGAUCUGGUACUUUUGAAACAGCAAAAUUUUCCAUUCAUUUGUCUGAAUCUGUGUGUAUUUUUGUUUCUAUUUUGGCAUGACUGAGCCACAGUGAACUGUAUCCAAGUGUCAAAAAUAAGCAUCACCUAUGUAAAAAUCAGAUUAGUGUUUAAAAUGUAUUUCUAAAGGAGGAAGGGAAGAGUCUUUAGACUACUGACUACACAUGUUGUAAAUAACAAGUGUAAAUGCAAAGUCAGGCAAAUUUAAUUAUCAGGCGUAUUUGCAAGCUUGAGUGCGCUGUAUGUAUUGAAUGAAGACUUAAUACAAUAUUAAAACCUUACAUUAUGUAAAACUGUAACUUAAUACCAAAGGGAUUACUAUUCUUAACAAAAUGUUGUAGAGUCAGAAGACCUUUUGUCUAUAGCUGACCAAAGUAAUCACUGAAAUAUGCUUGAAGAACAUUUUUAAAAAUUGAUUAACAUGUAUGUGGUAGGUUUUUCAAUAUGCAUUCUUCACAAAAGCAUGUAUUGUAUCUCAAAGUUAUCACUAGUUAGAGACUUGGCACAGAAUAACAACAAAAACUGUGGCAAAAUUAUUUUCUGCAUUUUUAUGCUGAUAUUUGAUGAUUGCUGCUAAGACGAAUGCAUAAAUAAGACUGUCAAAGCUAUAUCUGUUGAAUGCAUUUUUUACUUUUAAAAACAUAGAAAAGUGCCUUCUAGCUUUUCUCACAUAUGCACAGACAUAACAGAUCUUGUGCAAAAGAUUUCUUUAGGCUAUGUUUUCAAUUUACUGUGUGCAGUCUUCUAAAUCUGAGAUGAUUUUGUAAUUUACAGUUGAUUGUUUCUCCCAGUUGUAUGUAUGAUAGUCUGAAAAUUCAGUAUAAGAGACAUGGAGAAACUGGAGGACUGUUUUUGAAUAUUGUUUUACCUCAUUUUCUGACUGGAAGGGUUUACUGUUCUCAUUACUAAAUGAAAGGUGCUUAAAUGCUGUUUCUGCCUACAGUUCAGCAGAGGCAAAGGAAACUCUUCUAAAUGUAAUUGUAAAAGCUUUAGGCUAA